UGAGAUGCUUUAAUAUGCAUUAAAUUAAGGUGAUUUAUUAAUAGGAGUAUAAUAGAGCAUUGCAGUAAUGUGUUCAAUAUGAGGCGUAUAAGUCAAGGUGUAAUUAGUAAAUAAUUAAUUAGCUUUUGCUGGGAAAGAAACAAUUAGUUAUUAUAUAAACGGCUAGCAGAAGCUGGAUUAAUGCUAAGAGUACACAGUCGUUCUUCCUUGGGGAAUUGGCCUACCCAACCUUGCUUCUGCAUCAGUCAUUAAUUCAUCAGGGCUUAAGAGCAAACGAGAAGGGACAGGGUGCAUGUGCAUGUGGAUAUAUAUAUAUAUAUAUAUAAAAGAGAGAGAUGAUGAAGCGGAGCGCCUCGGAGUUGGCUCUUGAGGAUUUCAUCAGGAAGAAUAUGAAUACAAGUAGUAUGAUCACCUUCUCCAACGCCGCUAAACCCUCAGCCUCGCCCGAUACGGCUGUUGAUCUUAAUAAUUAUUUAUCGCCCGCCCAUCAUCUGUCUGACUUCAAAGAUCAUCCUUAUCAGGAAGUAAUUAAUGAAUCUUCCAGUUACGGCAGAGAAGUAGCUGAAACACAUGUAUUAUUGUCGCAGAAUCUCACCCCAAAGCGAUCCACCCUUGAUUCGCAAUUCUCCAUUUGUGGAAAUGUGUCUGCAGUGAAUAACCCCAAAAGUAGGGAGACUGAAGAUAGAGGAGUCACAAGUGCUUCCUCAGAUCAUGACCCAUCGGACGAUGAUGAUGAUGAUGAUGAUGAAGAAGAAGAAGAAGAAGAAGAUGUAGAAACUGACGCUGGGCAGUCUGAACAGAGAUCAGACCCCUCUUCUUUGAAACGCCUCCGGAGGAAGCUUUCUAAUAGGGAGUCUGCCAGGCGGUCAAGGAAAAGAAAGCAAGAGCAUCUGGCUGAUCUCGAAUUGCAGGCUGAACAAUUGAGGGGAGAAAAUGAUUCCCUUUACAAGCAGCUUACAAAUGCUCAUCAACAAUUUCGUGAUGCUGACACCGAUAAUCGAGUGCUUAAGUCAGAUGUGGAAGCCUUGAGAGCCAAGGUAAAGCUGGCUGAGGAUAUGCUUGCCCGAGGCUCCUUGGCUUGUGGUUUGAAUCAACUCCUUCAAAGUCACUUGACUUCACCGCAAACAAUUGCUACUCAUAAUCUUCGCCGGGUGGCAAAUGUCUCACCCACCAUUACCGUCCAUGGAGAUGAUCCCUCCUAUGCUGGAUUGAUGGUUUCUGGGAAUUCCGCCCUUGGACUUGCAAAUGCUGAUAUCAGCAAUAUUGCCAAUCUGAAUAAUGGAAUUGGUGGUGAUGCUGUGAGCUGUGUUACUGAGAUUUGGCGUUUGGAGUGAAUAUAUAUUUUCUGUGUCCCCUGCUUUUGCUUUGUUGGAUUAGAUCUAGUUAAUUGCUUUCAUGUUUCAGAUAUUUCUUUUGGAUGUGAAUGUAAAUUACUACUAUUAAUUAGAUUGAAGUCGGAAUUAAUGAAGUGAAUCUUGGAUUGGAUUAAUAAAGGGA